UGUUUUUCUACACUUCAACAUUCUUCACAAUCCCCAAUUUCUCCUUCAUUCUAGCCCACUCUCCAAAUCGACGCAUCGAAGCAACACCACAUUUACAGAGACGUAUACACAUAUAUGUGUAUGUAUUGCUGCUACCUUUUGCGACCACAUCCGCCUGUAUUUGAAUCGCUAGGGUUUAGAAUACGCAGCGCUAACGCAUUGUAUUUGGGAACGAGUUGAAUGCCACUUCAGAUUUGGAAGUGAAAUUGAAGUUAACAGCGACUUGAGGCUUUCACAAAGCUACGGUUUUCGUCCCACAUUCGUCGAUUUGCUACAAUGGAUUCAGUACCUUCGCCAUUGCCACUUGCCGUGAGAGAUGGCUCGCCGGAAGCGGCGGCGACGGUGGAGGUAGACAGCACUCUGACGGUUGCGGCGGAGUUGGCUAAGGAGGCUGCUUUGCUCUUUCAGGCUGGCAAUUUUGUGGAUUGUUUGAGAGUAUUGAAUCAAUUGUCGCAGAAGAAAGCGGACGAUCCCAAGGUUCUUCAUAAUAUAGCUAUUGCCGAAAGCUUUCAAAAUGGAUUUUCAGAUCUUAAAAAGCUUAUUGAAGCGCUUCAACAAAUCCAGAAACAAAUGGAACGGCUUGCUCAUACAUCUGGAGAACACUUAGAGCUUUCUAGUAACGAUGGAAGAGCACCUAAAGCUGGCCAGAAUGGCACGAAUCAUGCUUCACUUCAAUUUUCUAGUCCACCAGUUGUCUACAAUGAAGAGUUUGACGCUUCAGUGGCCAUGUUCAAUAUAGCUGUUGUUUGGUAUCAUCUUCAUGAAUAUGCAAAAUCAUUUUUGUGUUUGGAUGCAUUAUAUCAGAAUGUUGCACCGAUUGAUGAGGCAACGGCCCUUCGUAUAUGCCUUUUGUUUUUGGAUGUUGCGUUGCUUUCUCAUCAUGCGCCGAGAUCUGCUUGUUGUUUGGAUGUGAUUAGAUUGAAAUUCAUUGUUCAGGAUGUGAUAAGCUACAUGGAGAGAGUUUUUUGUGUGAAUAGCUUGACCAAUCAACCAGAGAACGGAAUCUCAGUGCAGCAGCAAUCUAUGUUAGCAUCGAAGUCUCCUUCACUUCCUUCUAAUUCAACCAUCCCUGAUUCUUCUAACCCAGAUUCAGUUGUCAAUGCAAAUAUGCUGGAAAAUUCUUUAUCUAUGAAUUUAUCUGAAGAAGCACUUGAAGAUGAGUCAUUGCAGCUGCUCUCUUCCUUGGAAAUAAGUGGACAAAGCCGUCAAAGACUUUCUGCUGUUACGUCUUCAAUCGAUCAUUCAAGAAGCCAAGGGGAGGAGUCCCUUUCAGUUGUUGAUUUAAGGCUUAAGGUGCAUCUUUACAAGGUUCGACUUUUUCUUCUCACAAGGAACCUCAAAGCAGCUAAGCGUGAAGUUAAGAUGGCCAUGAACUUAGCCCGCGGAAAAGAUUAUCCCAUGGCUCUUUAUUUGAAGUCACAGCUUGAAUAUGCCCGCAAAAAUCCUCGCAAGGCAAUCAAGCUUUUGAUGGCAUCGAGCAACCAGUCAGAGAUAGGAAUGUCAAGCAUGUAUUACAACAAUCUUGGGUGCAUCUAUUACCAAUUGGGGAAGCAUCAGACAUCUGGUGUAUUCUUCUCCAAAGCCCUGAAGAAUAGCUCAUUCGUACCGAAGGAAAAACCUACAAAACUCUCAAAUUUGUCACAGGAUAAAUCCCAUCUGAUAUUGUACAACUGUGGUAUGCAUUCCUUGGCUUGUGGUAGACCUUUCCAUGCUGCUCGCUGUUUUCAAAAGGCCAGCAUUAUCUUUUACAAUAGACCUCUUCUGUGGCUGCGAAUUUCUGAGUGCUGUCUGAUGGCUCUAGAGAAAGGACUGAUAAAGCCUGAUUCCUCUGCAGACAGAUUUGAUAUCAAAGUUGAUGUUAUUGGAAAGGGUAAGUGGAAACAUGUUGCUUUGAGGUAUGGGGUUCCGUCAAAUGGCCAGUGCGAUGUUGGAAUGGUUGAUUCGUGGUCAGGAGACCGUAAACAACCUGAUCUUUCUCUCUCUCUUGCCUGUCAGUGUCUUGUAAAUGCUCUGUAUUUGUUGGACUCUUCUGAGGGGAAAUAUUCUAGAUCUAGCUCGGCUCCUAGUACUGAACAGAAUGUUCCCAGAGAAACAUUUUCUUUUGGUGCAAAUCACAGGAAUGUCGGUGGUGGCGAUCAAAAGGAAUCUGAUGUACCAUCUGGUUUGAGUCAAGUUAAUUCAAAUGGUGAAGUUAAAGAACAAAAGGGAAACAAUCAGAGUUCAUCAAUAUACAAUUCUAUUGUUGACUAUGAGAGUAUCUGUAUGAAAGAAAACCAGAUGAUGAGGCAAGCCAUAUUUGCUGAUUUGGCUUAUGUGGAGCUGUCACUAGGAAAUCCCCUGAAAGCCCUAGCUACAGCAAUGUCUCUUUUGAAAAUUCCCGAGUGUUCGAGAAUGUACAUCUUUUUGGGGACAAUGUAUGCAGCUGAAGCUCUGUGCCUACUCAAUCGGCCAGAGGAAGCUGCCAAUCUUCUGACACCGUAUAUCUCUGGUGGGAACAACAUUGAGCUUCCAUAUAGCCGAGAGGACUGUGAAAAUUGGACUGCAGAUAAAUUAAUUGAUAGUGAUGAUUCAAAUGGAGGUGCGAUUACUUCUAACGGUGUCUCAAACCCUGAUGAACCCCAGGUUCUUUUUUUCAGCCCUGAAGAAGCACGUGGAACUUUUGCUGCGAAUUUCGCUGCAAAUGUUGCAUUGCUGGGAGAUUUUGAUCUGGCACACCACUUUGUACUGAAGGCUUUAUCUGAUAUACCUAACAGUCCCCAGGCUAUUCUAACCGCAAUUUAUUUGGAUCUAAAACGCGGCAAGACACAAGAUGCUCUUGCCAAGUUGAAACAUCACAGUGCUGUUAGGUUUCUCCCCAGCAACAUUCCGUUAAAUGGCUCUUCUUGAUGGUUAUUAGAUCCUUCCAGCCCACACCUGACUCUGAGUUAGCAGGUAGCUUCAGAGAAGGAUGUGUAAAAUAUAUAUAGCGCGAUCCAGGGAAUAAGUUUUUGGGUUCAGUUCUCACUCUUUUUUUGAAAAGUUUUUGCCCUUGGAUUUUAGUGAAUGGUGUUGUGGAUUAAUUUUGGUGAUUAUGAUGAUCCCUUUGGAAGUAAAGUCGGGCUAGAGUUCAAAUGUUACAUAGGGCGCAGGGGCUCUUGGGGAGCAGCAAGAAAGCAGAAUACUCACAAUUUUGUUGUAGAGGUAAUAUUCAGGCAUUUCAAUUUAUUUGCUAGACUUCAAUGCGUUAACUUGUUAUUAUGGGUUCGACCACUAACUAUUUUGUUGCUAAUGAAAGGCUUAAAAGCUCACAUGUUAAUUUGGAUA